AUGGACGAGACCGGUAACACGACGGAGGGCAGGGGAGUCCCCGCAAAUAGACGAACCCGGCGAAGGGUACCUACCCAGGGCCCGCGACGAGUUCAUAAUAGGGACGUCUCUCCGAGAGAACGCGAUAUUGGGAAGGAUCACCAUUCAACGCCUACUUCUCAGAAAGGGGGAAGUAACUCUGGAAUGUCAAAUUUUAUGAGGAAGAUAAGCCAGGUUUUGCCGCCGUGGGGAUCAGGUCCACCGAAAGAUCCGUUACCAGCUUCUACUGAGCAACUAAGUCCUGAACACAACGACUUGCCCCAGCCUGCUCACGAGGUUCCGUUGUCCCCAGCCACGCUGAAUGAAGAUGGUGAUGACUUGGAAGAUGAAACCCAUCCAAGGGAUGCGGAAUACCACCUUCAAACACGCCAGCUGAGGGCUCAAAUUGACCACAUGGAUGCGGAACACAGCCAAUUGUUUCAGAAAAGCAAUGCUGCGAUCCAACGCCUGGAGGAUGAGUUAACCACGUACAGGGCACGUAUUAACGAGCAAGAGGCUGAAUUGUGCCACCGGGAUGCGGUCAUUUGGGAACUCCGAAACAACCUAGCUCAGAUACAGGAUAAGCACCGAAAGUUGGAGGACAUAGUUGUUGCACGGCAAGAAAAUGCUCUCCAGUUAAUGGUAGCAAACAAUGGAUACAUCCCUAAGGAAGACCAGACGAUUAGGAAUGAGCUGUCUAAAUUGACAGAGAGCAUACGGUCGUGGGCCCGAAAACACUGUUUGAAUUCCUUUGCAGAUUUUGAGGACGUCACCGAAAUCGAGAAGGAUAUGGUUAUCCACCAAUUGACUGAAUACUGCUCCCAACCGGAUUGGAACUCAUUGAUGAGGGAGAUCUCCAUCCCACGGAAUAAAAUUCCAAUGGUUCUCUUGCACGCCUUGUUAGCGAAGGACUUGUUCGGAAGAAUGUUUACAGAUCCCUUUUUUGCGUUCCCAGGGAUCGACGGUGAUCACACAAUCUCUGCAGCAGGGUACUUUAAAAGGAUAUACUACAUCAUGCUCAAUGCUGAUGAACAAAAAGCGCAUAUUUGGCGGUCACAGACACUACAAAAUCUCUCCACCUUUUUGCAGGACAUGACCAAGAAGCUAGUGAGGGGGCUUGUAACCGGAUUCCUGACCAGUCCCGCUCGCACUCUUCUUCGUAAGGUUGGAGAUAAUGACGCUGUCAACAAGCGGGCUCAGGAGCUCCAGUCAUUGUAUGAUGGGGCGGCACAGCUGGCGCUCUCCCUCUGGACUCAACGGGCUUUCAUGACCUGUCAAAGCCUGCGAGGGCUCCCACCGUUUACAGUUUCAAACCCAAUGAUGCUUGCCCAUCGGCUCCAUCUUCUCGACGAAGAUGAUACGAGGCUGGACGGGAAAAGGAUACUUCUUUGUGUUCAGCCAGCCAUCCUAGCCUUUGGUUCCGAGAAUGCCGAGCACUACACCCAGCACAAGAUAUGGUCUCCAGCAGUUGUGGUACUGCAUGAGAAAUAA